CCAACGCGGACUGACGUCACCAAUAAAAUUAAAUCACUCAGAUUAUAAAAGCAGUCGUUGACACACAGUUUGUUUUUCGUGAGUAACACGAGUAUGCGUCAUUUUGUCAUGUCAAUUAGACUGGAACGUGUCGGUUUCCUGCUGCUAUUCACUAGCAAAUCAAUCUAUCUGCGUAGCGCCGCGACUAUGUGAUCGUAUUGUGGACACCACUGUGAAUCUAAAAAUGGAUUAUAGGAUGCUGUGAUUACGAUAAAAGUGAACAAAAUAUUUAUUGUCAUGACGCAAGUUCAUCCGUCCACGUACGGCCAACCACCGGCGCCACAGUAUGGAUUCUCACCCCAGUUUUACCAACCACAGCUUCAACAGCACCCUGCACAAAUCGAACUGCAAAAUGCACAGCAGUACCCUGCGUAUACACAACAAUACCCGACGUACCCACAAGAGUGCCCUACGCAACCUCAACUGUACCCUACGGACGCACAUAUGUACCAUGCGCAACCACAGAACACGCAACUACCUGUUUAUGCACCAGCUUCCGUUGGGCCACUCUCUGGUGCGCCAGAAUCGACGUCACCCGGGACGGUUGCUGUAAAAUCUAGCAAGCUGAGUUUAGGAGCUAAAGUAGCUAUUGGUCUUGCUGUAGCGCUGGUAUUAGUGGUUGCUGUGGGAAUCGGUGUCGGUAUUGCUGUAAUAAGUAACAAUAGUAAUAAAGUGACGGAUUAUUUCUUAGACGUAUCUACGGCAUCUAUACCACAUUUAUGUGGCGAGACUACUCUCAAUAACUCCACUGGUGAAAUCAGUUCUAUGAACUAUGAUGGAUCAACUCUGUACGACGCGAACGCCUACUGCACUUGGCUUAUUAGAGUCGAUAUUGGACAGGUAAUUUCACUGUCAUUCACUGCAUUUGAACUUCAGUGGGGUCUCAGGCAGGAUUAUUACAACUUCUUGUGUGCGUACGACGCCGUUACUAUUUUCGAUGGCGAGGACAACACGGCACCACUGUUGGCGUCACUUUGCGGUCAAGACCUGCCCUCGCCUGUAGUGUCUUCAAGUAAUACCAUGUUCAUUAUCUUUUAUUCGGAUGGUUCAGAAUCGUAUACUGGCUUCCAGGCUUCGUAUAUGGCAUCUGACAUGAGCGUCGGGUUUUCUGGAUGCGGAGGCGAUUAUUACCUAAGUGGCUCAUCCGGGACAGUUACGAGUAUGAAUUUCGAUGGUGGCUUCUCCACGUAUGCUAUGAAUGCACAGUGUGAAUGGUUAAUAGAAGUUGCUAGUAAUAAGCUAAUCGAGUUGACGUUUAAUUAUUUCGAUUUGGAGUACCAUUCCGUCUGUGCGUACGACAUUCUGAGUAUAUAUGACGGCCCCACUGUAUAUCAUUCUGCAUUCGGUCACUUUUGUGGUCCAGAGCUGCCGGAGACAGAAAUAUCAUCGUCUAAUAAAGUGUACAUGCAGUUCACAACUGAUGCACAGAGGCAACUUGGAGGCUUUUCAUUGGACUAUGCAGCUGUAGGAUAUACAGGAGUGUCGUCGAACUGUGGUGGCGAUCGUUAUUUGUCAGCGGGUAGUGGGACCAUUUCUAGUAUGAACUACGAUGGAUCUACAUUAUACGAUAGCAGUUCUAUAUGUGAAUGGGUUAUACAAGCUAACACUGGCGAGAUAGUAGAGUUGACUUUCACUGCAAUGGACAUUGAAGACGCGACAGGAUGUGGUUAUGAUUACGUCAUCCUGUUUGAUGGUGAUGCGACCUCAACAUCAGAAAUAAUUAAAUAUUGCGGGUACUCGCUGCCAUCAUCAUCCUUUGCUUCCACUGGUACUACCAUGUACAUUAAAUUUUUAACUGACCACGUUAUCGAAUAUACUGGUUUCCAGGCAACUUAUACAGCAGUAGGGCAAUGCACGCCAAGUGAGUUCCGCUGCGUGUCAGGUGACUCCUGCAUCUCAGCGAGCUUGGUCUGUGACUCCAAUAACGAUUGUCCUGACAACAGCGACGAAACAGGCUGUUCAUCUGACACUUGCGGUGCAUCGGAAAGCUUUACAGGUGCAAGUGACACAUUUAGCAGCCCAGGUUACGAUGGUACAUCUCUCUAUGCACAUAAUUUGAAUUGUGAGUGGGUAAUCACUGUGGACACUGCAAAGAAAAUUAUGCUGUAUUUCACCGACUUUAAAAUUCAGUACAGCUCACCCUGUAGUAAUGACUUCAUAGCCGUGUAUGAUGGCCCGUCCACGUCGGAUACUUUGAUUGGAAAAUACUGUGGCGAUCUCCCUAGCGCCGUUUAUUCCUCUGGCAAUCAGAUGGCUGUCACCAUGGUAACUGACGGGAGUAUAACUGACAUCGGAUUCCUUGCCGGGUAUGAAGACGAAGUCGUAUGUACUUCAGACCAGUUCCAGUGCGGUACUGGGGAGAUGUCUCUGUGUAUAAAUGAUGUGCUUCACUGCGAUAAUAAUGUUGACUGCGAUGACGGCUCAGACGAAGAUGGGUGUCCAGGAGCAUCGCCAUGUGGAGGUCCCGCAACGUUUACCUCAGAUAGCGGUUCAUUUUCGUCUAUGAAUUAUGAUGGCACGACUCUGUAUGACAGCAAUGCGGCCUGUUAUUGGCAGAUCACAGUGACAGUGGGAAAGAUUGUAUUUCUGUCAUUCAAUUCAUUCGAUUUGGAGAGCUCCUCGACCUGUGAUUACGAUGCUGUCAGUGUAUACAAUGGUGCCGACGACAGCGCCACCAAUCUGCUACUGGGGAAAUACUGUGGGCGUACAAUUCCACCGUCAAUACGGUCCACGGAUAAUCAAAUGUACGUGACGUUCACUUCGGACAUUUCUGUUCAAUAUACGGGAUUUGAAGCGGAGUUCGUUGCUGAAGUGGCCUGCUCUGACGACGAAUUCCGAUGCGGAAACGGCACAUUGGCAGUGUGCGUUAGCAGUUCACUACGUUGCAAUGGCAUUGAGGACUGUAACGAUAGCAGUGAUGAAAGUGGGUGCCCAGGGAAUCAAGCUAAUUGCGGAGUUCCGGCGUAUAUGCCGACUUUGAGACGAAGAAAACGUGGCAUUCCUAACUCAAACCAGCGAAUAGUGGGCGGAGUAGAAGCCGAUAUAGGAAGUUGGCCGUGGCAGAUAAGUCUGGAGCAUAAUGAUUAUGGUCAUAUUUGUGGCGGUACAAUUAUUAACACCGAAUGGAUCGUAACAGCCGCUCAUUGCGUAGUCGAUGAUUUGACCUCCUCGAUGUACACGAUUGUAGCGGGCGAGCAUGACCGAGGGACAAGCGACAGCAGCCAACAGUCGCGUUCCAUUUCUACAAUAGUAGUGCACGAUAGUUAUAACUCGUUUACGCUUGAUUAUGACAUCGCGUUACUGAAAGUGUCCACCUCUUUGUCAUGGACGAAUUAUGUUAUCCCGGCAUGCCUUGAGGUUGGAGGGCACACAUUUUCAGAUGGGAAGAUUUGUUAUAUCACAGGCUGGGGUGACACGCUUGGAACUGGUGAUAAUACUUACCUAUAUCAAGUAGAUGUCCCAUUACUAUCGAAUACAGUGUGUAAUCAGCCUAGUUAUUUGAAUGGACGCAUUACCGAUCGUAUGAUGUGUGCGGGAUAUGAUGAAGGUGGUAAAGACAGCUGUCAGGGUGAUAGCGGGGGACCAUUAGUAUGUGAAGAUAGUGAUGACCGAUGGUAUCUGGCUGGUAUAGUCAGCUGGGGAUUUGGAUGUGCCGAUCCUAUGAGCCCCGGGGUUUACGCAAGAACAAGCUAUUUCACAGAAUGGAUAUCACAGGGCUUGUUAGACAACUAAAUGUAUACUGAUUGGUUGACCUGGAAGUAUUUUAAUACAAAAUAUUAGUACCCAUAUUGCUUCAAGUCAAGUUCCCCGAGU